GUGCCGUCUCACCUGGAGAACCCUGCCAAGUAUCACAUCCAGCAGUCUCAUCGGCAGCAGGUCAGGCAGUAUCUCUCCACCAGCCUGGGGGGCAAAGCUGGCAACCAGUGUCCCAGUCAACCCCCCGAGCACGGCAUGCCACCUGGACCAGGCAGCAGCGCCCCCAACAGUCCCAUGGCCCUACUCACCCUCAGCUCCAACUGUGAAAAAGAAGUAAAUAUUUCCUUUUCCACAAAAGAUUAAGAUAAUCUUAAUUAAAAUUAUGUGAUUGAAAUGUGGAUUCACUUAUUACAGAUGGAUGAUGUCAUUGAUGACAUCAUUAGUUUGGAAUCUAGUUAUAACGACGAGGUUCUUGGACUGAUGGACCCAGGACUGCAAAUGAACAACCAACUCCCUGUGUCUGGAAGUCUUCUUGAUGUUUAUGGCAACCAAGGACUCCCCCUGCCUGGACUCACCAUGGGCAACUCCUGUUCACCCAACGUCAAAAGGGAAUACUCAGAUGCUGAGGUGCGAGCUCUCGCAAAAGAGAGACAAAAGAAGGACAAUCAUAAUUUAAUUGAGCGAAGAAGGAGAUUUAACAUCAACGACCGCAUCAAAGAGCUGGGAACUUUAAUCCCCAAGUCAAGUGAUCUAGACAUGCGCUGGAAUAAGGGCACUAUUCUAAAAGCCUCAGUGGACUACAUCAGGAAGCUGCAGCGGGAGCAGCAGAGAGCCAGGGAGCUGGAGUGCAGACAGAGGAAGAUGGAACAUGCAAACCGCCAUCUGAUGCUGCGCGUCCAGGAGCUGGAGAUCCAGGCUCGGGCUCAUGGUCUCACUGUGGUGUCGUCUCCACCUGUAUGCACAUCAGAAUUAUUGGCCCGGGCCAUUAAACAAGAGCCCAUCCUCGGUGACUGCCCAUCAGAGGUCUAUCGCUGUGGUUCACCACCAGACAUGUCCCCCCCAACAACACUGGACCUCAACAAUGGCACUAUCACCUUUGACCAGGUUUCUGUGGACAGUGGGGACAGUGGGCUGUAUGGAAACUCCAGGACGUGUAAAAUGAAGGAACUGGUGAGGAACAACAGCCUGUCUUCACUCUCGUCAAAUGACUUGCUGUCGUCUUUGUCUCCGGAGGGUUCCAACACCAUGAGCAGCCACCACUGCUCCAGCUCCAACAUGGAGGAGAAGGAGCCUGGCUGUUAACGCAGCGGCCGUCACACAGUUCACACGCAUCACAGACAACUGUAUGGUUAUUCAUUAAGAAUACAACAUUUUAAUUAAGCUUAAGUUAACUUUAACUGGUACGUUGAAUUUAUCCAGUCAAAUAUUUUUUUUAGUUUUUUACAUCAUGACAGAUAGAAGACUGAGAAACAGCACAGCAGAGAUUUAUAACAUUUACUGUAUGGAUGAAACAUUUUUAACAUACUUUUUUAUCUUUUGAU